UGUCGCAGGUGCAUGUGUAAACAGUGACAUUAAAAGGACAGCUUUGAGAUCCCCCUGUGUGUUUUCAGGGACUGCGGGGCUUGAGGGGCAGGAAUGAAUGGACACAGCAGCGAGUGUAGCCGAGUGAAUCCGAAAAUCCUGCUGACCGACCUGUAUGCGUUUUCUCUACCGAGGCAGGGAAAGAAUCGUGACUGUGACUGGAGAGACGUAACUACCCCCUGCCUUCCACAGCUCCUUCUAUGGAGACUUACUAAUCAACUUGCAAGAGAGAAAUUAACUUGCAAGAGAAGACAUAACGUUUCUUGUCGUCUUGUGGCGUGCAGGGAGCGACAGUGAACACUUGAGCUGACGUUAACCCGUUAGCAGCGAGACUCGCGCGCUGCCACGAAUAGAUCCAGUAUCCACGACCCCGGUCUGCAGCCCGGAUAGAGCCGCGUGCUCCUCUGGCACUGGAUUCCUAUCUUUGCCCCCUUUUCCUUUACUUUCCGGGUUGGUUCUAACUCUUGUGUUUUGUGGCUGGUAAUUACAUGAAGUGGAUUUUUGUGCUCGCGACAGCCUGAAGACGGGACUAACGUCAGCGGUUCACAGAGGGAGAGAAAUGCCAACGGCGGUGACAAAGAGGAGAUUCAGUGCACAGCAAAAUUGUCUCUCAUUGGUCAAGAUUCAAAAAGGUGUUAGUUUUUGAUCCUGUCAGAGUGGGACGUGUCUAGCAGGGGACCGAGGAGGGAGCAGUGCCAACUUAGAACAUGGUGCCUAAUACUCAGCUGGCAGUACCCCUCCUGCCCAGAGGGGAGUUGCUGUUUCUGCUUCUACUCAGCUGCAUGGUGUUCUCUUCUCUAGCAGACAGCUUGCCAAGUUUUGUCAAAUCCCCAGAGGAUCAGACGGGCAUCUCGGGCGGAGUUGCCUCGUUUGUGUGCCAGGCCACCGGGGAGCCCAAACCCAGAAUCACCUGGAUGAAGAAAGGCAAGAAAGUCAGCUCCCAGCGCUUUGAGGUGAUUGAAUUUGAUGACGGCUCAGGCUCUGUACUGCGGAUCCAGCCACUGCGCACACAUAGAGAUGAAGCCAUUUACGAGUGCACAGCCACCAACAGUGCUGGCGAGAUCAACACUAGUGCCAAGCUCACAGUGCUUGAAGAACACCAGGUCCCCCAUGGCUUCCCUACCAUUGAUAUGGGUCCCCAGCUUAAGGUGGUUGAAAAGACCAGAACUGCCACCAUGCUGUGUGCAGCCAGCGGAAACCCGGACCCAGAGAUCUCCUGGUUCAAGGACAUGCUUCCUGUGGACAUCAGCAGCAGCAACGGGCGCAUCAAACAGCUUCGCUCAGGUGGGACGCCAAUUAGAGGAGCUUUGCAAAUUGAGAACAGCGAGGAGUCCGACCAGGGGAAAUAUGAAUGUGUUGCCAUGAACAGUGCCGGAACCCGUUACUCGGCUCCUGCCAAUCUCUACGUGAGAGUGCGAAGAGUGCCACCCAGAUUCUCCAUUCCGCCCACCAACCAAGAGGUGAUGCCAGGUGGCAGCAUCAACUUGACAUGCGUAGCAGUGGGCUCUCCGAUGCCCUAUGUAAAGUGGACUAUGGGCCAGGAGGAGCUGACCAAGGAGGAAGAAAUGCCACUGGGACGCAAUGUGUUGGAGGUCAUCAACAUCCGUGAGUCAGCCAACUACACCUGCGUGGCUAUGUCCUCUCUGGGCAUGAUUGAAGCUACAGCUCAGGUUACUGUCAAAGCCUUGCCAAAACCCCCAACCUCCCUCAUUGUGACUGAGACCACCGCCACAAGCGUGACACUCACCUGGGACUCUGGCAACCCAGAACCCGUUUCUUACUACAUGAUCCAAUACAGAGCCAAGUCCUCAGACAAUGGCUUCCAGGAAGUGGAAGGUGUUGCCACCACCCGUUACAGCAUCGGCGGACUUAGCCCCUACUCUGAGUAUGAGUUUCGUGUCAUGGCUGUCAACAACAUUGGCCGUGGGCCACCCAGUGACCCUGUGGAGACACGCACCGGUGAGCAGGCCCCCUCCUCACCACCUCUACACGUCCAAGCCCGCAUGCUGAGUGCCAGCACAAUGCUGGUCCAGUGGGAACCUCCUGAGGAGCCCAACGGGCAGAUCAGGGGCUACCGGGUCUACUAUAGCUCAGAUCUGACGGCUCCACUCAGCGCCUGGCAGAAACACAACACAGAUGACAGCAGUCUGACUACCAUCUCAGGCCUGACUCCUGAUAUCACCUACAGCCUCAGGGUGCUGGGCUUCACCUCUGUAGGCGAUGGGCCACCUUCUGACAUCCUGCAAGUCAAAACCCAGCAGGGAGUCCCCGCCCAGCCAUCCAGCUUUGAGGCCGAAGCUGAGCUGGACACCCGCAUCAUGCUAACAUGGCUGUGGCCUGUGCAGGACCCCAUCACUAAGUAUGAGCUGCAGUACUGGGAAGCCGGGUCAGACAAUAAGAUUCAUGUGACCUUCAACCCAGCAGGCUCCUAUGCUGUAGAGGGUUUAAAGCCUGACACCUUGUACCGUUUCUCCCUGGCAGCCCGUUCUGAGAUGGGGUUAGGUGUCUACACCCAGCCCAUUGAGGCCCGCACCGCUCAGUCCACCCCAUCUGCCCCCCCUCAGGAGGUACAGCUGGUCAGCCUGAGCUCCACUAGCCUCAAGGUGAGUUGGGUGGCACCGCCCGCUGCUAGCCGCCAUGGUGCCAUUGUGCGUUACACAGUCAGCUACCAAGCCCUAGCUGGAGAGGACACGGAGCGGCAUGAGGUGCCAGGCAUCGGCGCAGAUGCCACCAGCUAUGUGCUGGAGGGUCUGGAGAAGUGGACUGAGUAUCAGGUGUGGGUGAGGGCACACACUGAUGUGGGACCAGGCCCUGAGAGUGCCCCAGUGAGGAUGAAAACCAAAGAGGAUGUGCCGGGUGCCCCCCCCAGGAAGCUGGAGGUUGAGGCCAUAAACUCCACAGCCAUCAGAGUCACCUGGAAGCCACCCCUGCAGGGGAAGCAGCACGGCCAAAUCAGAGGAUAUCAAGUCAUCUUCUCCCGGCUUGAAAACGGAGAACCUCGAGGCCAGCCCAACAUUAUGGAUGUUGCGUUGCCAGAGGCACAGUGGAAUAUUGAAGAGUCCACCGAGCAUGAGGCCAUUAUUGGUGGACUGCAGUCAGAAACCACCUACUCUGUCACUGUAGCUGCAUACACCACCAAGGGAGACGGAGCUCGUAGCAAAGCUAAAGUCAUCACUACGACGGGAGCAGUGCCAGGCAAACCCACUAUGAUGAUCAGCACCACCAUGGGCAACACAGCAUUGAUCCAGUGGCAGCCACCUAAGGAGAUGGUGGGUGAGCUAAUGGGCUACCAGCUGCAGUACAAGCGCACUGAUGAAGAAACCUAUACCUCACGUGAACUCAGAAAGACCGACGACCACUACACUGUCACUGAGCUGCACAAAGGUGCCACUUAUGUCUUCCGCCUCAGUGCCCGUAAUCGUGCAGGCAUUGGCGAGGCCUACGUAAAGGAGAUCAGCACCCCAGAAGACGUGCCCUCAGGUUUCCCGAUCAACCUGCAAGUAACAGGACUGACCCAGUCCAGCACUCAGUUGGCCUGGGAGCCCCCGCUGCCGGCAGAAAGGAACGGCAAAAUCAUAUACUAUGUGGUGGUCUACAGGGAUAUUAACAGUCAGCAGAACAGCACCAACCGCACGGCCGAUACACACAUAACUAUCCAGGGCCUUAAUCCUGACACUACUUAUGACAUCCGGGUGCAGGCGUUUACCAGCAAGGGCGGGGGACCCCUCAGCCCCAGCAUUCAGAGCAGGACCAUGCCGAAUGGUAGGACAACUGAUUUUCCCACCCUAAACUUUGGUGUCAAAGCUGUCAUGAAAACAUCUGUCCUUCUCACCUGGGAUUUGCCUCCAAACUACAAAUCCCAAGCACCUUUUAAGAUCUUGUACAACCAGCAAAGUGUAGAAGUGCAGGGAAACCUGAAGAGGAAGCUGAUCACACAGCUGCAGCCAGACACGGACUACUCUUUCGUACUGACAAGCAGGGGCAACAUUGCUGGAGGUCUACAGCAGCAGGUGUCCAUCCGUACUGCCCCCGACCUGAUCCAAACCAAGCCCAGCACACAGCAGGUUCAGGAUGGCAAAAUGACCAUCAAACUUCCCAAGGUCCACACAACAGCACGUGUCAGGUGGUACUACAUUGUAGUGGUGCCGGGAUCCCAGUUGACGCGACGGUGGAAGAGUCCAGACGAGAUGGACCUGGAUGAGUUACUCAAGUCAAGUGAAAACCCUGUCCUGAGGCGCCGGCGUCACCUGGAUUCUUCCAAGCCUUACAUUGCUGCCAAGUUGGACACACUGCCGGCCACCUUCGUUCUGGGUGAUGAGAAGAUGUACCACGGUUUCUACAACAAGCCCCUAACCAUUCAGGAGUACCUCUGCUUUGUCCUGGCCGUAAUCCGAUACGAAGGGUCAGACAGCACUGCUAAUUAUAGGACAUUUUCUGCGAGUCCCUACUCAGACCCGAUCCUCGUCCCGACAAAUCUGCCUCUAGGUGGGGAGCAGCCUGAAAUGUUGUGGGUCAUGGGCCCGGUGUUGGCCGUGGUCCUCAUCAUCAUCAUCGUCAUUGCCAUCCUGCUCUUUAAGAACAAACAGGAAAGGAAACGAGCAUCACCCCUACCCAAAGAUGACCACUCAGGUGGGGUGAAAGAUUCCCUGCUGGCCAACUCCUCCGACCCUGUGGAGAUGAGAAGACUCAACUACCAGACCCCAGGUCCCAGCACUCAUCGCUGCCCCAACACUCCAAGAAUGAGGGAGCACCCGCCCAUUCCUGUCAUUGACCUGGCUGACCACAUAGAGCGACUGAAGGCCAAUGACGGCCUCUGCUUUUCCCAGGAGUAUGAGUCUAUUGAUCCAGGCCAACAGUUUACCUGGGAGAACUCCAACAUGGAAGUAAACAAGCCAAAGAAUCGCUAUGCAAACGUCAUUGCCUAUGACCACUCCAGAGUGGUGCUCACCUCUGUUGAUGCUGUUCCUGGCAGUGACUACAUCAAUGCCAACUAUAUUGACGGCUACAGGAAGCAGAACGCUUACAUCGCCACACAGGGCCCGCUGCCCGAGACCCUGAGCGACUUCUGGAGGAUGGUGUGGGAGCAGAGAUCCAACACCAUUGUCAUGAUGACCAGGCUGGAGGAGAAGUCACGGGUAAAGUGUGACCAAUAUUGGCCUUCGCGAGGAACUGAGACCUAUGGGAUGAUCCAAGUCACCAUGCUGGACACUGUGGAGUUGGCCACUUACAGUGUCCGUACUUUCGCCCUCUACAAGAAUGGCUCCAGUGAGAAGAGAGAGGUGAGACAGUUCCAGUUUAUGGCCUGGCCAGAUCACGGGGUGCCAGAGUACCCCACACCCAUCCUGGCCUUCCUGCGACGGGUAAAGGCUUGCAAUCCUCCAGAUGCAGGGCCCAUGGUGGUCCACUGCAGUGCUGGCGUGGGCAGGACUGGCUGCUUCAUCGUGAUCGAUGCCAUGCUGGAGCGCAUGAAGCACGAGAAGUCUGUAGACAUCUAUGGCCAUGUGACGUGCAUGCGCGCCCAGAGGAACUACAUGGUCCAGACCGAGGAUCAGUACAUCUUCAUCCACGAAGCCCUGCUGGAGGCCGCCACCUGCGGCAACACUGAGGUGCCAGCUCGAAACCUGUACGCCCACAUCCAGAAACUCACCCAACCUCCACCCGGCGAGACGGUUACUUCCAUGGAGCUGGAAUUCAAGAGACUGGCCAACUCCAAAGCACACACAUCACGAUUCAUCAGCGCCAACUUACCCUGCAACAAGUUCAAGAACCGCCUGGUCAACAUCAUGCCUUUUGAGUCCACCCGUGUCUGCCUGCAGCCCAUCCGUGGCGUCGAGGGCUCUGACUACAUCAACGCCAGCUGCAUUGAUGGCUACAGACAGCAGACGGCCUACCUGGCCACACAGGGCCCACUGGCCGAGACCACAGAAGACUUCUGGCGGAUGUUAUGGGAGCACAAUUCCACCAUCGUCGUCAUGCUCACAAAACUACGAGAGAUGGGACGGGAGAAGUGCCAUCAGUACUGGCCAGCAGAGCGUUCAGCCAGGUACCAGUACUUUGUGGUGGAUCCAAUGGCUGAGUACAACAUGCCCCAAUACAUCCUCCGAGAGUUCAAAGUCACAGAUGCCAGGGAUGGUCAGUCCAGAACAAUCCGCCAAUUCCAGUUCACUGAUUGGCCUGAGCAAGGAGUGCCAAAAACUGGAGAAGGCUUCAUUGAUUUCAUUGGACAAGUGCACAAAACCAAGGAACAGUUUGGACAGGACGGACCAAUCACUGUACACUGCAGUGCUGGGGUGGGCAGGACCGGCGUCUUCAUCACCCUCAGCAUCGUGCUGGAGAGGAUGAGGUACGAGGGCGUGGUUGACCUCUUCCAGACAGUGAAGACACUUCGCACCCAGCGGCCUGCAAUGGUGCAGACUGAGGACCAGUACCAGCUGUGCUACAGGGCAGCAUUGGAGUACCUGGGGAGUUUUGACCACUAUGCAACGUAACCACUCCCACCGAGCAGCCUCCCUGGUCAAACCUCUCAGGAGUGUGCCAAGUGUCCCAUCUCAGCCACCAUCCACUCACUUGACCCCCUUCAAAUCCAACCCCUCACAGCUACCAGAGGGGAGGAAAAAGGGAUGUGCUCACAGAUCUGGCAACGGGUUCAACCAAUCACAGAGAUCCAUGCCGACUUAAUUAACCAUGAGAUUUUGCUUUAAAAACAACAAUAGAGACAAUAUGACAACUAUGACAAAUAUGACAGCUCUUGUACAGAUGCGACAGUGCAGACUGGCAGCUCGCCUGUCUGCUCUGUUGAAGCCAAACCUUCCUGAUUGUCAAAGGCUACUGGUAGCACAAAGAGAGCAUUCUCUCUGUUGUUAAAGUUUUAUUGUCAGUCUAAUGUUGCAUUAUGUUAAAUGUCAUUGUUUAGUAUACUUUUUAAUGCUGUUAAUAAUCAUUUUAACAUCAGACUUUUCUUUUGUCUUAAACUGCCCAGCCACGGGUGUGCAUUACUUUCGUAUUCGGUACUUUCUUAUUUUUAUUUUAGGGUUCUUUAGCACAAGGGACAUGUAUUUUUAACAUGUUCCUAGUUACUACGUCAGGAGGACCACUGUUCUCUGAGCUGCUGUCAAAUUUGUGGUGUCACAUGACAUCAUUGUUUUAUUCAUAUUGUGUGUCAUAAACAUUGUUUUUGGUCUUACUCAGUUCAAGCCUUUUCACUUGCCGUUUACGAUACAAAUCUACAAAUUGAUUUUGGAGCACACACAUGAUAACAGUGUCCUUCUGUAAACAUGGUAGCUAGCUAAACAACAAGUGAAUUAGCUAACAAGAGACUAAAUCAGAGGUGUACAGAAAUGGAAAGCACAUGAUUUCUGUUUUUGUUUUGUUGCAUUUGUUUUGUUUGUUUUUCAUCAGAAGCCUAUGGCAUUGAGGCCUUCAUACUCCACAGCGGAGAACACACCUGGCGAAAACAGACUUUUAUACCCAAGGGGUUGUUGACAAGAAAUUAAACUGCCUGAUCUCAGAAUAUGGAUGCUCUUCAAGUCCCUCCCAUCUCUUCGCUGCCCAAUAGCCUGGUCAGAUUGCUGGAACUGGACCACACGCGCCAAAAGGAGCCGAAGUAGCUCGUAUGGGCUGAGAGCAGCGCUGGCACCUGUACAGAAUCAACCAUUCCUACCAGAGGGGAAGAGACUCAGCCCUUUGGACUGAACCCUGAUAUUAUUUUAUACAGAAA